GUUGGCAGCCAGAGCACAACAAUCAAUCAUCGACCAGAAUUGCAUCAAAAAUGCAAUCGAGGCUCACAUUCGAGUGACACAAGUUCAGCGUACAGCGGCAGCGAUACAAUGGCCUCUGUUUACGGCUCAUCGCUGGAGGCCGGAGAAGAGAUUGAUCUCUCCGGCCUUGUGGAGUCUGUGGUGGACUCCGAUGAGGAGGAUCUAGCCGAGAGCAUGGAUAGCCUAAAUGUGCGCGAUGCAGUGCGCGAUUGCCUGGAGAAGGAUCCACUGGAGCGCAGCGAGGAGGAUGUGGAGAUAUUACUCGAAUUUACCCAAGGUCUAAAGGCAUUUACCAAUAUUACACUCGCUGUGCGGCGUGCGCUUUGCUCCGUCAUGGUUUUCGCUGUGGUGGACAAAGCGGGCACUGUGGUCAUGUCCGAUGGCGAGGAGUUGGACUCGUGGUCAGUGCUGAUCAAUGGAGCUGUGGAAAUAGAGCAUGCCAAUGGCACGCGCGAGGAGCUGCAAAUGGGCGACUCCUUUGGCAUUUUGCCCACCAUGGAUAAGCUUUAUCAUCGUGGCGUGAUGCGCACCAAGUGCGAUGACUGUCAGUUUGUUUGCAUAACCCAAACGGAUUACUAUCGCAUACAGCAUCAGGGCGAGGAGAACAUACGCAGGCAUGAGGAUGAGCAGGGACGUGUAGUGAUGGUGACUGAGCUGCGUUCUAUUGGCGGCAGCGGCGCAGAGAGCGGCAGCAAUAGCGUUGCUAAUGCUGCUGCGCAUUUGAAUACAAAGCGCGGUCAUGUGGUGAUCCGCGGCACACCCGAGCGACUGCUGCAGCAGCUGGUGGAGGAGAACUCCAUGACAGAUCCAACCUAUGUCGAAGAUUUUCUGCUGACGCAUCGCAUUUUCAUACAGCAAACGCAUGAGGUGACGAGCAAACUGCUGCACUGGUUCGAUCUGGAGCAGGCGGAUGCGCACAAGACGCAAGAGCUGCGCGAUCGCGUAACACGCGUUGUGCUGCUCUGGGUAAACAAUCACUUUACGGACUUUGAGGCAGACUAUGAAAUGAUGGAGUUUUUGGAGAUCUUCGAAGCGGGUCUGGAGCGCAAGAAGCUGCUGAGCCAGCUGCGUUUGCUGCACAUUGCCUGUGCCGCCAAAGCGCGCAUGCGCAGCUGCAUACUGACGCGUAGUUCACGCGAUGAGCCGCUGAACUUUCAAAUCAUAGGCGGCUAUGAGCUGCGAGGCGUGGCUGCAGCUACUGGAAAUGCUUCUGUAGGCAUUUAUAUAUCACAUGUGGAGGCGGGCUCGAAGGCGCAGGAUGUGGGACUCAAGCGCGGCGAUCAAAUACAUGAAGUCAAUGGUCAGUCGCUGGAUCAUGUUACCAGCAAGCGCGCGCUGGAGCUGCUGACGGGCACCACCCAUUUGAGCAUUCAAGUGAAGAGCAAUUUGCUGGGCUUCAAGGAGAUUAUGCAGGCGCUGGAGCAGGGCAGCAGCAGCGCUGCCAGCAGCUGCAGCGCCAACAGCAAUGGCAGCUUCAAAAGUCUGCGCAGUCCGCGACGCAUUUGUGCCAAUGACAUAGCCAAGCUGCAUGGACGCAGCGAUAGCACAACAGAGGAGCUAAACAAUCGGGCGCAUAUGCUAAGACUUAGCUCCGUGGACAUGCUGCUGAGCGAUCAGACAGACUGCGCGCCAGCGGUGACGUCCGCAGGCAGCGGCAGCUUGGCCGCCAACUUUAUGCAGCAGCUGCUCCAUAGCGUGCAUGCGAACUCAGCAAAGAAGAGCAGCGGCGAGGAUGCCAAAUCCGCUGGUGGCUUUAUGACGCUGGCGCCCAAGCGGCGACUGCAGAAAGCGCUGGCCAAGAUGAAUCUGCUGAACAAGCAGCAGCAGCAAGUGGCGCCCGUUAGCAGUUUGAACGAUAGUGCGGAUACGCUGCUGAAUGAGCCGCCCAGCAAGCCAAAGCUAAGCGCCGCCAGCUCAAACAGCUCGGCCAACUCGGCCAAUGGCAGACUCUAUCAAUCGCAAUCGAAUCCAGAUCUAAGCAGUCUCAACUAUGACAACAGUGAAGCUUCAAAUACGCUGCAGCUCAACUAUUUGCAGGCGCACAUACAUCGCCCCUCGGCGGCCAGCACCUUGACCAGCAGCUCCAUGCUGCCGCCCGACUACCCCGAGCAUGUGCUCAAGGUCUACAAAGCGGAUCAGACCUGCAAGUAUGUGCUCAUAUACAAGGAGACAACAGCACAUGAAGUGGUCAUGUUGACACUGCAAGAGUUUGGCAUACACGAUCCCAGCUCCAACUUCUCGCUAUGCGAAGUGAGCGUUGGCGAGGGCGGCAUGGUCAAGCAGCGGCGUCUGCCCGAUCAGCUGCAGAAUCUAGCGGAGCGCAUUAGCUUUGCCGCACGUUAUUAUCUGAAGCUAAACGACAGCACCGAGCCGCUGGUGCCGGAUGAGCUUGCUCUGGAGCUAGUGCGUGAGUCGGGCGUGCAUUUUCUUCAGCUCAAUGCCUACGAGCUGGCCAUACAGUUGACGCUGCAGGACUUUGCCAACUUUAGACAAAUCGAGUCCACCGAGUACAUCGAUGAGCUGUUCGAGCUGCAGUCCAAGUAUGGCGUGCCCAUGUUGAGCAAAUUCUCAGAGCUGGUCAAUCGUGAAAUGUUCUGGGUCGUCAGCGAAAUCUGUGGCGAGCAUAACAUCGUUAGACGCAUGAAGAUUGUCAAGCAGUUCAUAAAGAUUGCGCGUCAUUGCAAGGAGUGUCGCAAUUUCAAUUCCAUGUUUGCUAUUAUCUCUGGACUGGGACAUGGCGCUGUCAGCCGCUUGCGUCUUACCUGGGAGAAAGUGCCUUCCAAGUAUCAGCGUCUGUUCAAUGAUCUGCAGGAUCUGAUGGAUCCAUCGCGCAAUAUGUCAAAGUACCGCCAGCUGGUCUCGGCUGAGCUGCUCGCCCAACAUCCCAUCAUACCCUUUUAUCCCAUUGUCAAGAAGGACUUGACGUUUAUUCAUCUGGGCAACGAUACGCGCGUCGAUGGACUCAUCAACUUUGAAAAGUUGCGCAUGCUGUCCAAGGAGGUGCGUCUAUUGACGCACAUGUGCAGCUCGCCCUACGAUCUGCUGGCCAUACUCGAGCUCAAAGGCCAAUCCCCCUCCAAUGCGCUCUUCUCGCUGAAUCAAAUGUCCGCCUCGCAGAGCAAUGCAGCCGCCGGCACCGUCAUUGCUGCCAAUGCUGGACAGGCUACGAUCAAGCGGCGCAAGAAGUCCACAGCUGCACCCAAUCCCAAGAAGAUGUUCGAGGAGGCGCAAAUGGUGCGACGCGUCAAGGCUUAUCUGAACAGCUUGAAAAUCUUGAGUGACGAGGAUCUGCUGCACAAGCUCUCGCUGGAGUGUGAGCCACCACAUGGUUCCACCUACUCCGGCAGCAUUUCACAUGGCAAUAGCUCGCAUCGCAGCGCUGGCAGCGGCAGCAUCAAUGCUGGUCACGCUGGCGCCGGUCAGGGCAGUCUCAACGCUGGCGGAGAUCAGCUCAGCAUUUACUCACACACCAGCUCCAGUUCGGCACCCAAUUCGUCGCUCUCGCUGCGCAAGCGGCAUCCCAGCUCGCCCACGCUCUCCACCACCAGCUCCACUAGUUCGACGAGCGAUCAUCAGCGCCGGCAGCUGCAUCAGAAUGGCCCCAAGUUUGGCACUGCCUCGCCGCAGGCGGUGAAAAAAAUGCUCUCGCUGUCGGAGUCCUCCAAGAUACGUCCGCAUCAGCCGUUUGUGCCGCGUCACGGCUCCGCCCUGCCCGGCUCCAUUCCGCCGCUCUAUCAUCUGCAUCCGGGUGCAGGAGCGGGCGCUACUGUCACCGUCGCUGCUACUGCUCCGGGAGUGGCCAAUGCUCAGUGCACGCCCAGCGCCAGUCCAAGCUCACAUCGCCGCUUGGCCUCAGCAGGCAACAUUAUGCCCACUCGUGCGUUACACGAGCGUUCCCAUUCGGAUACGCCUGCGCCGCCGGCGCCGCUGCCCUCCGUAGAUUUAUCGCUGGAGAGCAGCAGUGUGACAACAUUUCGUGAUUUACCGUUGCGCAAAUCCGUGACUUCCGGUUCAGUCUCAUCAUGUGACAGCGGCCAUGGUUCCUACGCCCAGCAACAGCAGCAACAACAACAACAACACCACCACCACCAACAUCACCUGACAUACCAAACACUAACACAGACACACAUUGAGACUGCGACGCCGCCAGUUUAUACCGCCGCCGAUUGUCGCCUGUUGCAGCAGAUUUCAAACAAUGCCGUUACUCGCAACCUGAACAGCCCCUGCCAGAGCACCAGCACACCACCCAGCACACCCACACCACCAACACCCACACCACCACCAACUCAGCAACAACAACAACAGUCAGCACCACUCUCACAGCAACAGGCACAGCCAGCGGCUCCGCCCUAUUUGCACAUGCGUGCGCAUCACCAGCAGCUGCAGCAGCAACUGCAACAGCAAUUGGCCAUGCCGCCACCACCGCCGCCUGCCUACAACACCAGCAGUCUCUAUAAUCAUCACCAUAGCAAUGCGAGUGCCAGUCGACAUCUCAAUCAUAUGCAUGGUGGCCCGCCAAAUUUUAUGGAUAGCACCAAGUGUACCAUAUGCCCCAUGCCACCCAUGAAUCAAUAAAUCAAACUGUGCUGUUUUAACUAUUUAAUGUUAAUUUAAUUAGUUCAUAUAUAGAUGCCAAAAUUUGUUAAUGGUUGUGGUUUCCAUGUCACCGAGCGAUCAACACACACACACACUCACUCAUAUACAUAUACAACAUGCGAGGUGGCACACCCAUUUGAAGCAGACAUCAACACACACACACACACUCACACACACAUGUUAAUAGCGCCCAUUUCUCAAAUCAGCGUCAACGUUUCUAUAUGAAGAAUCAGAAUCCCCUCAUUGUCACGUAUUUUUAGUUUUAAGCGCCUAAAGUUUAAUUUCGCUUUAUGUUUUAAGUGGCUUACAUUUAAUUUUAAUUUAGCAAAAUUCUUUGUAAACAUUUUUCACCAAAACAAAACAAGAAAAAACUAAAAACAAAAAAAAGAAUUUCUACCACAAAGUAUAGUUGCCUUCUAGCAAACGUCUGCAGGCAGACCAAACCAGCAGACCCUUAACAAAAAAAUAAUAUUUGCAAUCAAAAAAAACUCUUUUGAAGACUUUCGGCAUUUAAGACAAGCAGCACUCUUAACACAAUAAUAGAACAAGGCGUUAAGCUCUCUUGUAUUCCAUUUAUACCUUAGCUAACUAUUUACACUCUAUAUAUAUACUUAGUUUAUAUCUUCUAAGUAAUGCAUAUUAAUUGAGAUAUAACCUUCGCUCCAAUUCCAAAUAUUUAGUCUGUAAGCUGAGAGAGGUUUAUUUCGCAUUUUGUUAAUUUCCAAGCAAUGUAUUUAUUAAUAUACAAACUAUAUAUACACUGAAAGAUAAACAUAUGUUUAAAAGCAAGCAAAAAGACAACAAAUGAAAGUACAAGCGAAUUGAUACCAGCUCCAACAACAAAACAAAAACCUGAGACUCGAAUAAUAGACAAAAAAUAUAAUCGAUUUUUUGUAAACAGAUUUUUUCUCUAAUAUAUAUUUUGUGUGUGUAUACAUAUAUAUAC